CUUGGUUUAAAUACUUUUGUGACUCUUCACUGCAAUUCCACAGUAUUUACAAUCUGAAUCUUUUAACAUUUAAAUGAAACAAUGAUGAAUUCUCCUUUCCUGCAGUGUGCCAAUGUGUAACCAAUCGUUUAAACCUUCUGGGAACUAAAGAGGACCACUACAGGAUCAUGGUGAAGACCUACAGCAACUGCACCAUAGUCUUGGAGAACCUGGAGAUCACAUACAUGGAGGAUCACCGUGACCUGUCCUUCCUCCGGUCUAUCAAAGAAGUUGGUGGCUAUGUCCUGAUCGCCCUCAAUACAGUAUCCAGGAUUCCUCUGGAGAACCUGCGCAUCAUUCGAGGCCAUUCUCUCUAUGAUGGAAGUUUUGCUCUUUCUGUGUUUUCCAAUUAUAACAACUCUACAAAUAAGGGCACCGAUCAGAUUCUUCUGACCAGCCUGACAGAAAUUCUUAAAGGAGGAGUAAAUUUUUUUAACAACCAGCUGUGCAAUGUGGAAACAAUCCAGUGGUCCGAUAUUGUUAAUGUUGGAAACAUCAGCAUUGAUCCAACUCCUAGCAAAAACAAAAAUUGUGGAAAAUGUGACUCAAGCUGCUUCAAUGGCUCAUGUUGGGCACCUGGUCCUCAAAACUGUCAGACUUUGACAAAGCUGAACUGUGCCCAGCAGUGCUCUAGAAGGUGCAAAGGACCUUCACCGAGUGACUGUUGCAAUGAGCAUUGUGCCGCGGGGUGCACGGGACCCAGAGCUGAAGACUGUCUGGCCUGUCGGGACUUCCAGGAUAAUGGGGUGUGUAAGGACUCCAACCUGUACCAGCUGGUUCCUAAUCCGCAUGGAAAGUACAGCUUCGGAGCCACCUUUGUCAAAAGCUGCCCACUGUGUAAUGGACUUGGAACAGGAGAAUUGGCUCACGUUCUGUCUAUCAAUGCCACAAACAUCGGCUCCUUUGAAAACUGCACCAUAAUCAAUGGUAACAUUGACAUCAUCAUCACAUCAAUUUAUUUGGAUCAAUUCACCAAAACACCAAAGAUGGAUCCUGAGCAGCUUAAUGUGUUCAAGACGGUUAAAGAAAUUACUGGGUACCUGUGGAUUCAAACAUGGCCAGAUACCAUGAGCUCACUGAGUCCUUUUGAGAAUCUGGAGGUCGUUCAGGGGAGAACUAAACGCGGAAGCCGCAGUUUGGUUGUGUCUGGGCUCCAUAUCACCCACCUGGGCCUGAGGUCCCUCAGAGAAAUCAGUGAUGGAGAUGUGUUUGUCUCUAAGAACUCUGAACUCUGUUACACCGAUGCAAAGCACUGGCAGAAGCUUUUCAAAUCACCACACCAAACUGUUAAUAUAGAGGGCAAUGCCAACGCUGCCACCUGCGCUCUGAGGAACGACACUUGCGACAGGAAGUGCACGGUGGACGGCUGCUGGAGUCCGGGCCCCAGUAUGUGCAUUUCGUGCCGCGACUACAAGCACGACGGGAGCUGCGUCGACUCCUGCAACAUCCUGGAGGGAGAGCCGCGCGAGACAGCUAUGAAUAAAACCUGCAUCAAGUGCCAUCCCGAGUGUCAGCCCAUGAACGGGACCGCAACCUGCAGUGCACCUGGGUCUGCUAACUGCACUAAAUGUGCCAACUUUAAAGAUGGACUGUUCUGCGUGUCCCGAGCUCGAAGCGUCCACUGAGGCGUUCUUGGUCCUCUGAUUAAAAUCAGACACCCCAAGAGACAUGUUUUUAUUCAACACUGUAGGAUUUUUGAGUGGUUUUUGGUGUUUUUCCAUUUAAAACAAACCGAUUAUGCCUGACUUAAUUUCUCCUUUUUUUAAAUGCUUUUUGGACCUAGAAGGCUUACGGUCAUGUGAGGAGGGAAAUGUUGACAAGCCUUGCUGGUAAAAACUAAGAACACCUUGUGAUUCUGUAGCUUGUCGAGGCACCUUCAGCAGCAAUAACUUGAAGUAAUCGUUUUCUGUGUGACUUAUCAGUCUCUCAUAUUUCUUAUUGCUUUACAACAUUGCUUCAGUUCAUUGAGAUUUUCUCUUAAGGUCCUAGUGUGGCAACCCACUAGAGGGCUCCACUCAAACCCAAACUUGGAGGAGGGGUUCUGUUGUGUUUGGGUGCGAAAUGCUGACUUAAUGUAUUGAAGUGAAUAAAUAAAUAAACAAA